ACCACCACCAGAGAUGAGGGAUCCAAGACCAACGGUGACAGCUUGACGAGUUUCAGCAGCGUCACUCAUGUACACGCACGGCCUCUCCCCGCACGGCAGUCCGACUGCUGCUCGACUGCCACCGCCGCAGUACGCAGCGUCAUUGCCAUCCCGUCCCCUCCCCCCUCCCCCAAUCUACACAUCCUACUCAUCACAGGCUCCCCCGCCGCUCCAGGCCCCGCCCGCAUCGACAUCCCCUGCCCGUGACGCGCCGCCGGUCGUCAAGGGUCUGGAGAACAGAGCCGGCAGCAACCACUGUUUCCUCAACGUCAUUAUACAGUCGCUGUGGAACCUCAGGUCUUUCAGAGAGGCCUUCCUCGCCGCCCGCGAGCACGUCCAUCGGCGGACAGGAGGGAAUGCACCGCGGACGGAGAAAGAUGGAGAGGGGCAGGACAGCCCUGAUGGAUCACCAGGGCGGUCGGAUGGACCGCCGGCAGCUGCUGCAGCAGCUGCAGCGGCCACUGCUGCUGGAGGCGGUGGUGACGGUGUUGGUGUUGGUGGCGGUGGUGUGGGUGGUGAGACCACCAGGGCUGGUCUCACCACCAUGGAUGGGUUGGUGGAACCUGACGAGUACUGCGUUUACUGUGCUCUCAAGUCGCUGUUCGCCAACUAUGCCUUCGGCCAACACAGGGUGCUGCCGCCAGAUGCUGUGCGACUUGGUAGGUGCGGUGGGCAAGGGCUGCAGCCAGCCACACACACACUCACACUCACACACACACGUGCUGGAAUGAUUCCGUCAAUGUACCUGUCCUGUGUCCAUCCAUCCAUCCAUUAAUCGAUCAGCGUUGAGUCACUCGUUCGACAAGCGGUUUCGGCUGUGUCAGAUGGAGGACGCCGACGAGACACUCGAGGCCAUACUCACACUCUUCCACAAAAUGGAGGUACUUACGUGGCGAGGCGAAGCGAAACACACAACGACUCAGUCGUGGAUGUACACGUUUGUUUAUUCAUGUGUGCUGUGCUGUUUUCGUCCCUUCAGGUGUUGGACCAGGAGGGUGCGUCUGUGGCGGGUGUGAGCUACACCGAGUGUCUGCAGGACAUGCAGCUCGCCGAUGCCGUCUGCAACCCGGCUUGCAUCGCACACAAUGGUGAGUCAGUGAGGGAGGGAGGGAGGGAGGGAGGCAACCACACCACACCCACACAGCAUCUAUCUGCAUUUCUCACCGUGCGUUGCCUGUAGUGUUUGGGUUUGAGCUGCUGGACGUCUCCCGCUGCCCCCAUUGCGGCGAGACUUCAGAACCGGAUGUGCUGCAGACUUUCACAUACCGCGUCAAAGUGUCGGAGCUUCUCGGCCUCGCGCACACCAACACCGGCACCCAAGACCCAUCACAGCCAAGGAAGACCUUGGAGCAGUGCCUGGCCUUCCUCUGGCAGAGGGACGACCAGCCCGACAACGACCAAAGCGGCCCAUCCGGAGGCUCUGGCCCUGGCCUGCACCCGUACUUGUCCACCUUUUUGGGCUUGGGCAGCCGCUUCGGCGACACACGAGCACCUGCAGCACCACCACCAGCCAAACGAUGCGAGUGAGCAGCACACGGACGACAGGAGAAAAGGCUGCAUCACGUGUAAUCAAUCGGUAUGUGUGUGUGUCUCUUGGUCAGUACGUGUCGUCGUGAGCUGCCUCCGAUCGGCCGGAAGACGCGCUUCUGCAUGAAGCGGCCGAAGGUGUUCGUGUGCAGCCUCUACUGGCCGGCAGCCAAGGUAACCAAAGUGAGCGACCAAGACAGCAUCAUGACGGACGGCCAAAAGACGACCCCUGCUUGAUGCAUCUGUGUGUGUGUGUGUCUUGCUUGAUGAUGCGAUCGUGCGUCUCUCUCAGACAACUUCCCAGAACAUAUGGGACGUGCUGAGCCUGAUCCACCCGUUCCUCGACAUCAACAAGGUGUUCGUGUUCUCCAACCCGCCCACCCCUCAAGGCACCCGCCCGGCGACGGUCCAGCGCUACGCCCCGCCAACCAUGAUGACGUGUCAGCACCCGCCGCAUCAGCAGCAUCACUACCACCCGUACAUGCCUCCCCGCGGCGGCAUGAUGGCCCCGCCUCGCCCCCCACCACAUUUCCCGUUCCCCCCGCCAGUUGCUCCUGGGACGGUGCCCAACAGUGACGGGCAGCUCAGAGGCGCCAGAAGACACGUGUUCAGGUGCGCAGAGGAGAAUGGGGAAUGGGGCCGUGUGGUUGUGGAUGGAUGGAUGGAUGGGUGUGUGUGUGUGUGCGUAUCUUUGCUUGCAGGGGUGCGGUGUGCUACUAUGGGCGACACUACGUGGCGUACUUCUUCUCAUGGGCCAUGCAGAAGUGGGUCCUCUUCGAUGACUCGCGCGUCAGGGUCAGUCAGCAGCAGGCUGGCAGGCUGGCAGGCAGACACGCAGGCAAGAACAGAUGGACACAGUGUCGCUCGUGGUGUGUGUACGUGUGUGCAGAUAGAGGACGACUGGACCAAAGUGGCCAACAUGAUAGCCACGGGGGCGAUGAUGCCGUGUCUGCUGUUCUUCGAGCAGCUGCACGUGCGACACUGCCACUCGGGGCCCGCCGCUGCCGCACUGACCAGGGACGAAGGUACCCACGGAUGCGUCGAUUGACGGAUGAAUAUGGGGCCUGCUUUGUACUUUCUGUGUGUGUGUGUGUGUGUGUAUGAGUAGUGCUGCAGAUGGAGUACACGAGCGAGCAACUCAACCAGUUUGCGGCCCAGGUAUGCAUAUGCCGCGUAUGCACUGCCCCCCUCCAUGUGUGUACUCAUCGUCACUCGUGUGCGUGUGGUUUGUGUGGUGUCUGUCAUUCAGUUUGAGCGUCUCAAGGACCAGCGCAGCAUGUGGAGCAAGAGCCAGCUGCAGGACAAAUGCGUUUUCAUGUAGAUAGAUACGCUGACUGACAGACAGACAGACGAUUCCCGAAUGCGAUGCAGGCAGUGUUUUUGCGAUGUUCUCGCAUGUCCGUGCCGAUCUGACUGACGCACUCGAACUGACUUUUUGUUGGUUGUAAGAUGAAGAUGCGCGCAUGUGUCGAUCA